ACACACAGUUUUUCCCAGCACUAAGGUGUUGGUGAAUAUUGGCAGGAAACUGAAAUUGCAGUGAUGUUCUUAUUGUGGCAAUGUUGUCGGAGAUCGAUUGCCAACAAUAAGGAUAUCACCCUCGAUAUUUCGGGGAUUUAAUGAGUUUGGGAUCUGGACAUGCCUCGGUUAACAUAGCUGGAAGGGAAGAAGAUGAACUGCUUUUCGUGUUGUAUGUCCGGGGAGGAGGGGAAACUUGAGAGAAAUUCAUUGAAGAAGAGUUUUCAAGAUAACAGAACUCUCUCAUCAUUUGCCAACAUUUCUUUGAAAUCUGAUGGAAGCAGGAGGAGAUACAUAGAUGAAGAGGUUGGGAAAUUUGGAGAAGACAAGGUUCCUGCUCAUGCUUUUACAUACCAAGAAGUGAUUGAUGCAACUCAGAACUUCAACAUUGAAUCUUUGCUUGGCGAAGGCGGUUUUGGGAGGGUCUACAAAGGGCAUCUCGAGAGCAAAAACAUAGAUGUUGCUGUCAAAAAACUCGACAGAAACGGCCUUCAGGGCAACCAAGAGUUCCUCAUAGAGGUUCUGUUGUUGAGCCUUCUUCACCACCCUAACCUUGUGAACUUAGAAGGGUAUUGCUGUGAUGGCGAGCAACGAGUAUUAGUAUACGAGUUCAUGGCGAAUGGCACCCUGGAAGAUCAUCUUCUCGACCUAAAACCAGAUGUGAAGCCACUAGAUUGGCUUACAAGGAUGAAGAUUGCUCAAGGAGCAGCGAAAGGGCUCGAGUAUUUGCACGAAACGGCUAACCCCCCAGUGAUCUACCGCGACUUUAAGGCAUCUAACAUACUUCUAGACGAGAACUUCGAGACCAAACUUUCUGAUUUCGGGCUAGCUAAGUUAGGUCCAACGGGUGACGAGUCUCAUGUCACCACCCGGGUCAUGGGAACCUAUGGCUAUUGCGCGCCUGAGUACGCGUGCACAGGCCAGCUCACUACAAAAUCCGACGUGUACAGCUUCGGGGUCGUGUUUUUGGAGAUGAUAACAGGAAAACGAGUGAUUGACAACUCGAGGCCAUACGAGGAACAUAACUUGGUUUUGUGGGCACAACCAUUGUUCAAAGACAAAAACAAGUUUCACUUGUUGGCUGAUCCACUGCUUGAAGGGAACUAUCCACCCAAGGGACUGCACCAGGCUCUUGCAAUUGCAGCAAUGUGUCUGCAAGAGGAAGCAGAAACGCGGCCUUUCAUAAGCGACGUCGUGUCUGCUCUGCACUUCCUCUGCGGGACCACACAGCCCGAGGAAGGCGAAGGCGCGCCACCCGAAGACAGUGAGACUGGCCAAUAGACCAAGAGCUGCAAUUCUUGUCAUUGACUCUUGAUGCAUGCUGUUUUUUGUGAUUGAGACUUUUUUGCAAACUUCUUGUCUGACAACUGAUAAGUAUAGUUUACAAUGCAAGAAGAGGUAUACUUAA